ACUAUCAAUGGGCUUUGAAACAAUGGCUCUUCCUUAUUAUCAUUACCACAUCACGCGACUCGAGUCUUUUCUAGUCUAAUAUCUAUCAAGCCCGUCCGGCCUAUCAUCCCAAGUUCAGCUCUAUCUAGUUCUAGUCUCUAGUUCUAGUCGUCUCUUCUAUUUUAUUUUUAUUGGACUGGUGUUCCAAUUUUGUUUAUCUCUUCGGUCACGUCUCUGUUCGCACAACUCAUCAUCGUUAACGUUUUCCGCCUUCAUUUUAUUUCCAUUGUUGUCUCUUGCCUGGGACGAAACAUCAGCUAUCAAGACAAAAUGAGCACGUCGACGCAGGUCAGGACCUCGUCCGCAAUCAAAAUCAUGUCUCCUACUCUGUUGGCCAUCGACGAAUCCGCGGCGGCCGCCGAGACCGUUGGCCCUAUCGGGUUGCCUGCCAAGCAGGUCCCCGAACAUCCAAACUCUGUAGCUGCGAGAGCACCCAAGUUGGAGCGCCCGCGACGCAUCACAUUCAAGGACAUAGCCGACAAGAGGACCAGGGCCGGCAAGCUCGUCGCCCUCACAGCCUCGGCAUCGGACAGCGACAUGUUCAAGGUGGCCGCCGCCGGCCAGAAGCCCAAGGCCAGGCGUUGGGAUCAUCUCCUCAGCCAGGAGUCGGCCAGCCGCAAGCCGUGCAGGCUCAAGCAGGCGGCACUCAACCUCAGGAAGCCAGGCAUCAUCUCCCUCGGCGGCGGUCUGCCAUGCCCAGAUAACUUCCCAAUCGAGUCCAUCUCGAUGCGCGUCCCCUCAGUCAGCGGUGGCUUCUCCGAGGCCGACACCCGCGCCCAUGGCCUGGAUGUCACCGUUGGCAAGUAUGACGUCCAGGAACAGGCUGAAGAUCCCAAUGGUGCCGUUUACGACCUCAGCAUAGCACUCAACUAUAGCCAGGCCACAGGCUCGGCUCAGAUGAUGCGCUUCGUCACGGAGCACACAGAGCUCGUCAACAACCCGCCGUACGCGGACUGGCGGUGCUCAAUGAGCAUCGGCAGCACGGGCGCGCUGGAGAUGGCCCUGCGCAUCUUUUGCGACAGGGCCAGGAACGACUCGAUGCUGACCGAGGAGUUCAGCUUCUCGACGGCGGUCGAGACGGCCAUGCCUCUAGGAAUCAAGGUCUUUGGUGUCCCGGUCGACGGUGAGGGCCUGAUCCCAGAGAAGAUGGACGAGAUACUGAGGACCUGGAAGCCCGAAGAGAGGAAGGGAGCCGCAAAGCCGCACGUGCUAUAUACCGUCCCGUCGGGUCAGAACCCGACCGGAUCGACGCAGAGCGAGGAGAGGCGGAGGGCACUUUACCAAGUCUGCCGCGAGCAUGACGUCUACAUAAUCGAGGACGAACCGUACUACUACAUACAGAUGCCCCCUUACCGCGGCCGGGACGCAAAGAAGGAGGAGGAGCAGUCCAACGACGCCGAAGAGACCCCGGAGCAGUUCCUGGAGAGCCUGGUUCCUUCGAUCCUCAGCAUGGACGUCGACGGCCGCGUCCUGCGGAUGGACUCGUUCUCCAAGGUAGUCGUCCCGGGCUCCCGCAUGGGCUGGGUCACGGCGUCAGAGCAGAUCAUCGACCGCUUCAUCCGGCACGGCGAGUCAUGCAACCAGGGGCCCAGCGGAAUAGCGCAGGUGCUGCUGCACAAGCUGUUGGACGAGACCUGGGGUCACGAGGGCUACAUUCGCUGGCUGAUGAGCGUGCGUGGAGAGUACACGCGAAGGCGAGACGUCCUCCUAGCCGCCUGCGAGGAUCACCUGCCGCGGGAGGUUGUUAACUGGGAAGUUCCCAAGACUGGCAUGUUUCACUGGCUCAAGGUUGAUCAUACCAAGCACCCAUGCGCCUCUACCAUGAGCAUAUCGGAGAUGGAGGCGGAAAUAUUCAAAGACUGCAUCGACAAGGGCGUCCUGGUGGCAGCCGGCUCCUGGUUUAUGGCUGACCACGAUGCGGAGCCGAGCGGACUGUUCUUCCGCGCUACGUUUGCGGCCGCCACCCCUGACAACAUGAUUGAGGCUACUCGAAGACUCGGCGACGCCAUCCGGUCUAGCUUCCAGUUGAACUGAAAAGCCUGGAUUAGAGGAAGUCGUGAAUUCCACUCCUUUUGGUGGUCUUUCUCGGUUGUCAUAAAACGUGGACUCCUAUGAAAAGGCUUGUCCCAAAAAUUUCAGGAGGUUCAUGGGUGGCUGGUGUCCCUGGCAUUAAUUGCUUACUGUUUGUAUAGAGCCUUCGCUGCUGGAAAAUAAAUGCGGCUUCAGAUUAGAGGGACUAUUUUAUUACAUGAUGAUUUAUUGAUAACGAAAACUAUAAAUGUUUCCGUCAACACCAAGAUUAGUGAGGAGUUGAGUCUAUGAGAAGC